AUGGAUUAUUAUAAAAAAAAUCCAUUUCCAUUACAUGAAUAUGCCAAUUCAUUUAAAUAUUGGACUUAUGAAGCAUCAAAUUCAUUAAAAUUUAUUAAAUCAUUAAGUGAUAAUGGAAAACUUUUACGUUGUUAUUCAGAAAAUAUAGAUGGAAUGGAAUAUUUAGCUCGUAUACCUAUCCAUCAAUUUUGUGCUGUUAAUGGUAGUAUUGCAUGUUUUAUUUGUAAAAUAUGCAAAAAACAUUUUCCAUGGAAUAGUGCUCCAAUUGCUAAUUUUGGAUAUGGUUUGAAUUUAAAAUAUUGUGAAUGGUGUAUGGCUGUUGUUGUACCAUGUAUUUCAUUUCAAAAAGAUAUUAAAUCAAUUACAACAAAAUAUCAUACAUUAGAAAAUGAUGCAUUACAAGCUGAUUUAGUUUUAAUUCUUGGAACAUCAUUAGAUGUUAGUCCAUUUAAUCUUUUACCAAAAUUAUUUCCUUUAAUACCAAAGAUUAUGAUAACAAAAUCAUUUAAUGUUAAUACAUCAUUUAUUCCUGAUUUUACAUGUCUUGGUGAUCCUGAUGAUAUUGUUAGAAUUAUUGAUGGUAUUAAUUCUAUACCAAAAACAAUUGAAGAGAAAGUUAUUGCUAGACGUAUAAUGAAAAAAUCUAAAUCUAAAACAUCUACACUAUUAUAUUCUGAUCAAAAACUUAAUUUUAUUUAUGAAAAAAAUUUAAUGAGAAAUCCUGCUAAAACAAUAGCUUUAAAAUUAUGUUAUAAUAUUGGAUUAUAUAUGAAACCUAAUGAGAAAAUUUAUAUUCAUAAUCGUUUUUGUCUUUUUAAUAGUGGUGAAGCUUAUUAUUUAAAAAAUCAUUUAUUUCCCAACAAAUUUAUUAUCUCACCUAUGCAAUUACGUUCCAUUAUUCCUGAUAAAAUUUAUCGUGAAGUUAUUAGAGAAAGUUUUACAUUUCCAAAUAUUGUAAAUCUUUUAAAUUCUAAUCAAUCAAAAACUUAUGAAACAAUAGUUGAAAAUAUGAAUCAAUUAAUGACAAUAAUUAGAAAUGUUUUGGAAUAUGUAAAAGAUAUUAAAUUAACACAACGGUGA